AGAAGCGCAGACCCUAAUCUAUCGAUGUCGUGAAACUUUUCAUCUUCUUUACCUUCCUUCUUCCUCCUUCUCGCGAGCAAUCAAUCCUCUCCCCACACCUUACUGCUCUUUAAUCCUCGAGUUAAUGGAGCCUCUUCGGUUACUCCAUCUGAUCUGUAUAGAUAUUUUUCGUUUGCUUCGUCUACGGUUCUUUAUAAAUAGCUCCUCUAUCAAUUUAUUUUUCACCCAACCAUUGUCCUAUCCUCUCGAGAACUCCGAGCUAUGACGUUAUCCGACUCCAAGAAAGCGAACGGAAAAUCUGUUGCCUCCUCCGGCCCGGCUAAGCCUAUCGAUCAAACCGGUGUCACUGCCGGCGACGUUGCAUCCAAGAAGUCUAAAGGUGUCUUGCUGGCUCCCUCUAUUCCGGUCAAACCAACCGGGAGAACUGGCGCUUUCAGCGGUAUCCGUAUCGGCGGUGGGGGCAAAUCCAGUGUCUCUCACGGCGGUAAAGGAAAAGCUAUCGCCACCGACCUCCCCCGGGAGGUGAUUGCCUUCAAGGAUGCUACACAUGGGCCCCAUGAAGGCGAGAUGCAGUUCCGGCUUAUCCACUUCUGGGAGGCUUGGAAUACUGUCUCGAAGGUGCUCAUCGGUGUGGAGAUGCUUCUCAUCGACGUCGAGGGAACCGUCCUCCAGGGCUUUAUCUCUGCGGGGAGAAUGGAGUCCUAUGUGCGUCACUUGAAGCCUGGCUGUACUUACCGACUCCAUAAUUUUUAUGGAUCGACCAGCAAGCCUAACUACCGGGUUGCUGACUCAGAUGUCACGAUCAGUGUCUCAUGGAACUCUGUUCUUUCGGAGCUGAACGACAGUUCUGUCAGUUUCCCUGCUGACCGGUUCCGAGUUCAUGGGUUUGAGGAAUUUGAUGCUGCUUGCGAUAUGCAAGGUGCCCUCUAUGAUUACAUAGGGCACAUCAAACUUGUGAAUGGGCAGGUUCCCAGCGACGGUCUCCUGCUUGAUGAGGCCAACAUUGCUGCAUCCCGCCGAGUGAAUCUCCAUGUUCAGACACAUGACGAUCCCGUUCUGAAGUUGUGCCUCUGGGAUCAGGCUGCUUCAGAGUUCUGGAAAAAGUUUAAAGCUUCUGGAGGAACUGCUCGUGUAAUCUUGGUCACGACCUUAAACCCAAAACGUUAUGGAGUUUUAUCGCUGUCCUCCAUGGCACCCUCAAGAGUGUUUCUUGAUAAUGAUGUUCAAGAGACACGGGAUUACCUUAGCUGGUUGCUCUCAAACCAGGAUGUAGCCAACAGAGUUACUGCAGAUGCGGUGGUCAAGCCUGAGCCAGCUACAUUGAGGGAGCUCUUCGCUUACAUGAAGAACGCAUCUGCUAAGGUUGCUUGGUUUGAGUGCAGUGCCACUAUUGAUGAUGUUGUUCAUGGCCUUAACUGGUAUUACAUCGGAUGUAGUGAGUGCCAUACGAAGGCAACGAAGGGGCCUACCACCCUCAUGUGUAAAAAGUGUGGGAAGAGUGAGAUUGUUGGAGAAGCACAGUACCUGAGCAGGCUAUCUGUUUACGACCACAGUGAACAAGCUGUUUUCGUCUUGCUUGGGGAUGCUGGUGAGGACUUGACUGGGAAGAAGGCUGCUGCAUUGGUUGAAAGCUACUAUGAGGCCAAUGAUGGUGCUGGAGACGAUGACAUGGUUCCUGUGCCACAGGUUAUGAUUGAUACCAUUGGCCAGACCCGGAGGUUCAUUGUGAAGAUUUCAUCCCACAACCUGACUGGGAAGACUCAGACUUUAACAGUGACGAAAGUGCUCCCACUUGAAGCUCCAGAACCCGCGAGCAAAGUAGGAGAGGAUGUAGCUGAGGAUCCCGGGAAUGGAAGUGAUGAUCAUGACGAUGAGUCAGUGAAGAGAGCUGGUGAUGGGGUUGAGAACGAAGGUGCCAAGCGCGCAAGAAGUGGCUAAAUGACAAGUGUUUACUGAUCUUUUUAUAUUGCUUUGAGACUAUGCUUUGGUUUUUUCUUAAUUUGGAUGACUAUGCUUUGGUUUUUUCUUUAAUUUGGAUUUGGAUGACUAAGCUUUGGAAUUUUCCUUAGUUUGGAUGACUAUGCUUUGGUUUUACUUUAUCUAUAAAAACUUGGUUUUAUUC